AUGAAGGUGUUAUGUGUUGCCGAGAAACCCUCGAUAGCAAAAUCUGUCGCGCAGAUCUUGUCUUCCGGACAGCCCACCAUUCGUUUUACGAGCAAUAAAUAUGUUAAAAACUAUGAUUUCAGCUGCAAAUCGCGCGGAAAUCAAACAGUUCGAGUGACCAUGACUUCAGUUCUCGGGCAUCUUUUGUCGAGUGACUUUUCUUCCGAAUAUAGAUCAUGGGAGAAAGUAUCUCCUCUGACACUGUUCGAUGCGCCAAUCGAGAAAUUUGUGACCAAGGAAAACGAGGUCAUACGUAGGAAUAUCAUGAUGGAAGCGCGUUCAUCAUUUGAGGUAAUGAUAUGGACGGAUUGUGACCGUGAAGGCGAAAAUAUUGGCGCGGAAAUUGUAGGGGUAUGUCUAGAAUCGAAUCCAAAUAUAAAGGUGACAAGAGCAAAAUUCUCUGCCAUAAUACCCCAACAAAUACAUAACGCAUGGCAGACACCGACGGACUUGGAUUUUCGACAAUCGGAUGCAGUCGAUGCUAGAAUCGAACUCGAUUUACGUAUCGGGGCUGCAUUUACCCGAUUGCAGACAUUAUCUCUGAGAAGCUUUUUUCCGGAACUCGGUAACAGUGUGAUCAGUUACGAUCAGUACCUCAAAGUUCAAAAUUUUGUUGUAGAGGCAUUUUGGAAGAUUUAUGUUGCGCUAGACAGGGACGACAGUGUUGUUGAAUUUCAUUGGAAAAGGAAUCGCUUGUUUGAUCGUCUAGCAUGUCUGGUGAUCUAUGAGCAAUGCGUGGAAAAUCCAUUGGCGACGGUUGUUAAAGUGACGUCCAAAGAGGUCGCCGAGAGUUUAUACAAUAAAGGUUACAUAAGCUAUCCAAGGACCGAGACCGAUCAGUUUGACAGGCAAUUUGAUUUCAAUGCCCUAAUAGAAAAACAGUCACAGGAUUCGCAAUGGGGUGAAUUUGCGAAAAAAUUGUUGGAUGGUGGAUUCUGUUGGCCAAGAAACGGGCAGCACAACGACCAUGCGCAUCCUCCGAUUCAUCCUACCACCUACGUAUCUGACUUGUCAGGUGACGAUAAAAAAGUGUAUGAAUUUGUUGUAAGACGUUUUCUGGCGUGUUGCGCAGAUAACGCCGUGGGAAAGGAGACAAUAGUGGAGAUCAGAAUAUGGGAGGAAACUUUCACCGCCAAUGGUCUCGUGGUAAUUGCCCGGAAUUACUUGGAUGUUUAUCCAUAUGACAGAUGGGGUGGAUCUAAUUUACCGAAUUUUCAAGAAACGGAAACCUUCGUCCCAACAGUGUGCGAAAUGCGCGAAGGAUAUACAACCCCUCCGGAAUGCUUGACCGAGGCCGAUCUGAUCAGCAUCAUGGAUCAGAAUGGAAUUGGUACCGACGCUACUAUUCACGAACACAUUGCAAAGAUCAUAGAACGAAAUUAUGCCAAGAAAGAGCCGAAGGGUGGUGCGACGUAUAUAGUCCCGUUGAAAUUGGGUAUCGCAUUAGUCGAGGGAUAUGAUUCUAUUGGAUUUGACCUAUCACUUUCCAAACCAUUCCUGAGAAGAGAGAUGGAAUCCAGCCUAAAAUUUGUUUGUGAGGGUAGAAAACCGAAAGAGGAUGUGGUCAAGGAUAGCCUUGUUACAUACAAAAAUAUGUUCGUUAAAACAAAUCAAAACGCCGAAAACCUGAUUAAGAUCAUAUCUAAAUAUUUGCUAAUUGUCGGUGAUGAGAUUAACCUCGAAGUAUUUGCCAAUAUGUUGAUUGACAAUCGCCCAGAACCAACACGACCUAUUCGAAAGUGUUUCAGCUGUGCAAGGCAAUUAAUACUGAAGACAAAGCAAAACGGAGGGUGGAUGAUAGGGUGUCAAGGCUAUCCUCAUUGUAACGCGGGAAUUAAGGUCCCAGAUAUAGUUUCCGAUAUUUCGGUUUCAUCGGAUAAAUGCGACCAUUGUACGCAAACCUUGGGAAGCUUAUGUUUCAAAUUGAAGACAAAAUUUAUCAAGAGCAAAGUUCCAUCGUGGAUUCCCGAAGAAGAUUUAGGAUGCGUCGGAGGCUGCAAUGACUUUUUUAGCGAAUAUUUUGUACCGAUCAGACCAAAUCAGAUGAAAC